AUGGUGUCAUCUCUAUUCCAGGACGAGGCUACAGCAAGUUUAAUGAUCUACGCCCGCAGCUUUAUCAGAAAACUGGGAAGCAGCUUCAUUAACCAGUUAGGCUGGCGAGACAUGUGGGCAUUUGUGGCUCAGCGAAUAAACAACGAAAAGUUUGUUUACGCUGAGGGUUUCCAGCAUUCAGCAAUCGAACAUGACUGGGCGCCACCCGUUACCAUCCACACAACAGUUCCGCUCAGGCCUGAAAGCGUUGUGAGGUGUUCUUGGGAAGACAACGAAGAGAACCACCGACGGAGAAAGUUUUGUGAUACGUUUGAUGGCUAUACUGGCAUUUGUAACUGUAAGUAACUGGCUUAACAUAGUAAUAUCCCAUUAUCUUUGGGGAAACCAAGUUCCAUUCUAACUUGUCACUGGAUGGCUCUGUAUUUCGUUAAAGAGCAAUACAAAAGUCGAUCGCGUAAAACGCUUACAUAUUAUGCUUGUUCUACCUUUUAUGGUAGAGGUAAUCAUUGAUUACGGAUCGAAGUUCGUCACUUACGGAAACAAAAUCGAGUCAAAAGGAGUCCAGUUUCCCGGCUGAGAAGCCCCUGAUAAAAUUAAUAGGGCCGGCUAAUCGGCAGUCGCCCGUGAUAGCUCGAAAGUUUCUGCCUUAAUGCCACGGGAACACAAGAUUAGGACGCGUUCUGACGGACGCGAUAAGGUACUAUAGAAUGACCUCAAAGACGAAUAGUAGCUUUACAUACUGCCUUGUUUUUUUUUAAGGUAACAAUCCUGCGUCAAUCGCCUUUGAGCCCCCUGCUUUACCUGAUGGCACACGCAUUGAACUUCCGGUUCUAGUCAUGGCUAGUAAUCGACCCCAGUACUUGUUCAGAAUGCUAAAGACGUUGCGGGAAGUCCAGGGGCUGAUGCCAUCCAUGGUAACAGUUUUUAUUGACGGCUUCUUUGAUGAGCCCGCCUAUGUUGCCCGGAUGUUUGGUCUGAAGGUUGAUCAACAUGAGCCUAUAAGUGAGAAGAACGCAAGAAUAGCCCAGGUAAGACGCGAGAAUAGCCCAGGUAACACGCGAGAAUAGUUAAGGUAACACGCGAGAAUAGUCAACGUAACACACGAGAAUAGUCCAGGUAACACGCCAGAAUAACCCAGCUGACACUCAAGAAUAGCCCAGGUACCACGCGAGAAUAUCCCAGGUAACACGCCAGAAUAGCCCAGGUCACAUAAACUGAAGACUUGGAGCCGAAAAGUGUUCAGCAGUUGUUUCUGGAAUCGUUACUAGGGACGCGCCGUUCACCUACUAUUCACCAAUUUUUUUCCCUGUCUUUAGUGAUAGUCUCAGAAGAAUUUCUCUGCCAAUCUCUCAAACACAACAUCAAAUAAUAUUUAAGGAGUUGUACAAAAGGCGAAACAUGACGACUAGGAAACUGCCCACCUACCCCUCCCCUAAUUCAACACCUUGCCUUAAGUGAGAAGUAAGUGUUUAUGCUGGCUUAGGGGAGGGGUAGGUGGGCAGUUUCCCCGAAACGUUUAGUGAUCCGACUGAUCGAGGUAAAUAUAUAGGAACAAUCACAGACUUACUUUAAUUCCAAUUAUUUUUUCUUAAUGUUACCGCGGUAAUUCAAUGUCCAUAAUAUGCCGAAUUCGAGUGCGAGUCCCAUUGAAAUGGUUGCUCAAGUGGCCUUUAUUUUGAAGUAGUCAUAGUGUUAGGCUCUCAAUAUAUACAUAAACGAUCAACGUUGAAUUCUUGUUCUGUAUAAGACAAGCAUUUAGCUAGGGACACGCCAGUGUACCUCCAAAGAUUUAUUCCAGAUUAAUUGAAGGCUUGCAUGAGUUAAUCGGAAGUUGGCUUCCAGAGAGGUUUGCAAACUUUUAUUUCGCGUUGUCAAGAGAUAAUUCAACAGUCACCAUUACAAUAUUCUGCAUUGCUUGCUUUGAGGCGGUCGAGCGUGGACUUGAUGACGUUUCAAACAAUCGAUUAAAAUGUUCGGACGUCUCAGGAAUUACACUUCCGGGAUCAAUAUAGGUUUCUGGGAAGUUGCCCACCUACCCCUCUUCUAGGCGAACAUUAACACUAACUUCUCACUUUGAGCAAAAUGACGGCUUAGGGGAGGGGUAGGUGGGCAGUUUCCCAGAGACAUAAAUUGAUCCGACUUCCGUUUAAUUGCAACCUGCAAAAAUAAAUUUAGUGAAGUCUACAUAUCUCGGCCAACGUCCUGAGAUUCCCUCUCUGUCUUGGAAUGAGACAAGCUUUAUCGUUGGUCCACAGCACUACAAGAAAUCUCUGACAGCCUCUUUUGCACGUUACCCUGAUGCUAACUACUUGGUGAUACUUGAAGAAGACCUGGACAUUUCUCCAGAUAUUCUCACUUACUUUCAACAACUUCUUCCUGUCUUAGAAAAAGACGAAAGUCUCUACUGCAUAUCAGCUUGGAACGAUCAGGUAAGAUUGAGGGUCUCCAAUAAGUUUUUCGGGAUGCGGGAUUUCCCUUAUUUGAGGCUCGGGAUUCGGGAUUUUAAAGGGAAAUCGGGGCGAGAUUUGGGAUUGUAAGUAUGUGCGGGAGGUGAGAUGCCAAAGGUAACCCUCGGGAUUACGGGAUUGCCCGAAAAUUUGGGUCGGGAUUAGGGGAUAGAAAAACCCUAUUGGGGACACUCAAGAUUAACAAAAGUGUUUAGAAAAUCCACACUCGGCUUAAGUUUACAAGUGUUGAUAUGGAAGGACCUAUCUAGGUUGACCUAACAUAGCGGCCAUAAAAUCUUAUAAGACAAAGAAUUUUUCGGAUCGACUGCUUAAUAAUUCUUCAGCUUGAGUUUGGAAAUAUUCGAAAGGAGUUCCGCUAUCUUCGGACGACUUCGGAUAAAUCUCGGAUAAUGCCGACGUCAUUAACGGACAAUUAAUUCGUAAUUUGCGACUUUAACGCUCUCUUUCAAUCAAAAUAAGAGACAUGUGUCAAGUCGUAGGUCAGCGUCAAAUUACCUGAACAACUUGACCAAAAAUUGAGUAAGUCCUUGUGGACAGUUAAAUGAUAAUGGUGAUUAAUGCCUGGCCUAAAUGUCUUUCUUGCCAGGGUUAUGCUCACACAGCAAAGGAUCCUGCAAUGAUGUACAGAGUAGAAACAAUGCCUGGCCUUGGAUGGUAAGAAAUUUAAACUUCUCUUGAUGAUGCUCUCCUGUCCAUUACACAGGAACGGUCAGAAAUGUAAGCUUCUCAUGUGCUAUUCUUUCCUUGCUAUCGUACAGGAACGGUAACAAAUUUAAGAUUCUCUUGUGUUAUUCUCUCCUGUCUUUUGCACAGGAAAGGUAACAAAUUUAAGCUUCUCCUGUGUGAUGCUCUCCAAGCCAUCACACAGGAACCUUUAAAGACCGCAACCGAUUGGCGUAAUCUGUGAACGACAUGGAGGGGCUUCCACGCGCAAUAUUAGGUGACGUCAAAUAUCGCGCGUGUAUGUCUCGCAUAAUCAUAAACUAACCAACUGCGCGUGUUAACAAUGUUACACCCGAAUAGUGUGCCGUCUCGCUGGCACAUUACGCGUGUAUGUGCCACUCAGUCAACUAAACUAACGGCCAACUACGCGUGUUCAAGGGUUCGUGUUAACCUUCUACUUUUUUCUUUAAAUAUCCAGGGUACUUAGCCGAAAACUUUAUAAAGGAGAAUUAGAACCAGUGUGGCCCGGGCCCGAUGUAUUCUGGGAUUGGGACAUGUGGAUGAGAGACAACGAGAUGCGGAAGAACCGUGAGUGCAUUAUCCCGGAUGUCUCUCGCACCUACCAUUUUGGUGCCACAGGCCUAAAUAUGAACCCUUUUAUGCAACAUUAUUACUUCACUAAACAUGCGCUCAAUGAUAAACGCAAUGUCAAGCUGAACGUGGACAUUAUGUACAAGGACAUUUACGAAAAGGAACUAGGGAGACUCAUAAGGUAAAUAAUUAAAAAUAAAAGAUAAAGACAGCUCGACUAAAGGGAUCAAUUGAUUUGUUGGUAUCUGGACUACCUACCCCUCCCCUAUGUCAAUAUUAACACUUACUUCUCGCUUAAGACAAAUUAAGCCUUAAGGGAGGGGUAGGUGGUCAGUUAACCAGACACCUCAACACUAAGAACUAUAAUUAGAAAUAAGGAGUCAUCGUUUGUUGCCUACCGUGUCUUUGAUGACGCAGAAACUAAUUGAGUGCAUUUGAAGUGUCUUACUGAUAAAACGAGUCACUACAAUAAACUCAACCUUUUCACUACAAUUAUUAAGUUAUUCAUAGGAGCAACAUUUAUUUUAAUUCUUCCCUCGUCGAAUUAGUGUUACCUCUCGCCUUUUGAAUCUUUUUUUUUCUUGAGGUCAUGUGAAAAGCACCCGCUCCGAAACCGAACUGACAGCCUAAGAUUCGCCAACAGCUUUUACGAACUUUACGACGAAAACGUAGAAACAUAAUAAUUUAACAUCAAAAGGUAUUCGAAAAAAAAUGACGGGGAAGUAAAAGAAGUUAAAAGGUUUGUAGCGCAAGAUUAGGAAGUUGCCCGCGGUUAAAAAUAGUUGUAUUACAUUGCUGUCAAUUAAUUUUCAUAGGUUCUACCGAAAUCAAACAUUCUGCUAUUUUAACGAUUUCAAAUCGACACGUAUAUGUAGGUCAUGUACAAGACAUUUGGCAGUUUCAAUGACGGUUUUCUCUGACUCGCUCCUUUUAUUUUCAGAGAAGCUGAAGUCUUGGAUCAUUCAAAAAAUCCAUGCACAAACCGCAAUGAUUUCGUCCCCUCAACGAAGGACAAGUCUUAUGUUUUUUACAUCAGAAUGGACCACGCUUCCGACUGGACCACGUGGUUCAAUAUUGCUCGGUGUUUAAAGAUCUGGGACUUAGAUGCGCGCGGUUUUCACAAAAGUCUGUGGCGACUAUGGGUUAAUGAGAGCCACGUUUUAAUAGUCGGGUGCCCGGCCUCCCCUCACUGCAGUAAUAAACCAAGUGACGUAAUCCCUAUUGAUAUUCAAAACAAGGUAACCAGGCCUCCUGACUGA